AUGCUCCAUUUGUACCGCCGGAACGACCUCGCCAAAGACUGGUGCAAGUGGAUUGGCCCCUUUUGGGAGGAGGAGCGGGAGGUGCGGGGGGCAGACGGCCAGAUGUGCCGUCAGCACAUCGGCGCGAUGGCGAAUGCUGCACUGGCCGAGCUGCAUGCCGACGGGGUGGCGACCAUGGAGCGCAACAACCCAGCAGCCGAGGCCAUCUGGAUGGGGGAAAGGUCGGUGGUCUUCAACUAUGCCGUCACCCUCCACAACGUGCUGCUGUCGGAGAGGUGGGAGCAGUACCUCGGGCGGCUGGGGGCGUGGGCUGACAAGUUCAACCUCCAGCCCCACGACGGUGCCACUGAGGAGCAGAAGAAGGACUACGCCAAGGGCCCCGGCUUGUACCGCAGCAUGCAAGACGCACUCACGAGCCUCAGCUGGCGGGACACCUUCGACCGCAUCUCUGAGCCAAGUGGCCAUCCCAAGAUGGAGGACGGAAGGCGGCACUUGCACGACCGCACCAAGGAGGAGGGGCUGUGGUGGCUCGGAGACGUCAUCCGGCGUCUGGAAGCCAUCUGCGCGGCGGCACUGCGGUUCCUCCCCUCCGAACGGUGCACACUGGGCGACAUGGAAGCCGACCUGUCAGCCGCCAUCGACGACCUGGAAGGCGCCAAGGCCAUCAUCGAGUCCGGCAUUCCGCCCGCGGGGAGCCCAGCCGCCGCGCCCUCGCUGCCAUCGACAGCUGCGUCACCCGACCAGCCCCUCGCAGCGCCGCCCCCAUCCAAGGCGUGGUCCCUUCUGGCGCCGUUGGUGCCCUUCCUCGGCCUCCCCACCGACAGAGAAGACGGCGAGGCCGAUGCCGACAUGUUUGAGUAUGGGAGAGGCAGAGGACGAGACCCUGUUCGUGCGGGAGGUUAACGCAGACGAGGACGAGGCCACAGAGUAUGGAUACAGACGCACAGACGCACAUACAUUCACAUGUCCUGUAUUUAUGUGUUGGCAACAGCAACACUGUUCUCCCAACAAUCACACCCAAGGCCAUCAAAAGCUCGAAGCCACCCAAGAAAUGAGUACGGUGAGUGAGCAUCGUAUAACUUCUAAUCCAUUGUUGUUUGCUUAUGCCUGCUUAUGCCAACAGCAACUGGCGGGACGAAGAUGAGAUUCAUGCAGUGCUUAGUAUUGGUUAGUGUUUGUUCGCAAGACGAGAGACAUGAGGUUAGACAGCAGUGUGUGUCAGGUUGUGCGAAGAAGGCCGAGAUGGGAGAAUGCGAUUGCAGCAAUCAAUCGCUGCUUACAUUUUAUAUUCCGAUGGCUGGGACCGCGAAUUGACGUGUACUUGCUAGUCAGUGUGGUUGCAUUGGACAAG